AUGGCGGCUGAGCUAGUUCCGAAUAAGGAGAAACGGGCAGAAGGUUUCAAUAUCCUUUACAUCAGUCUAUCUAUUGCUGGUAUUCUUGGGCCAGCUCUAGGAGGGUCGUUGGCGGAACCUGGUCAGAAGUUCCCAACAUCCAUCGGGAAAUCAGCUUUGCUGAAGAACUUUCCGUAUCUGCUACCGAGUUUGGUUGUAGCCGGGCUUUACUUUGCUGGUAUUACGGUGGGAUUCAUGAUGAUGGAGGAGACUUUAGAAAGGAAACGUUAUCGCUACGAUUACGGAUUGGCAAUAAGCCGACGUCUCAAACACUGCGUUGCAGGAUUCAGAACAAAAGACUUCGCAUAUGAACCUGUCGAGUAUCAACAUGAUGAUGAUCGCCAAUCAGCCAAUGAUGAAGAGAAUGAUAUAGAGCUUCCCCCCUAUUCCGAACAGCAGCAAUCAGAGCAACAGUCCUCAUGUCAAGCAGAGCAUAACCGCAAUAAGAUCAGCCAACUUUACCAAAAGUUCUCAAAACAGUCCAGAUAUAUCCUUCUUACACACGUGCUGGUUGCGCUGCAUAACAUGGCUUUUGAUGCGCUGUUUCCUCUUCUCAUGCACUUGCCGGCGACAAGAACAGCAGAUGGUGGUGGGUUUGGCAUGGGAUCACGCACAAUCGGGCUAUUGUACCUUUUCACGGGGAUUGCCGGAAUCCUUUUCCAAUUCGGAAUAUUCUCUCGCGCUACAAGGAGGUACGGUGUCGUGCGAUGUAUCAAAGUCGUCUCCAUCAUGGCUCCAAUCCUAUACAUCAUAACCCCACUGACAACCUAUCUUCCCCCAUCCAUGUAUAUUGUAGUCGCUCCGCUACUCAUGUUCACCAAGCUGGUAUGCACAAUAUUCACUUUCCCGUGUUGGAAUACUCUAUUGAACAACUCGGCGAAAGAACCUGCAACGUUGGGUGCCCUCAACGGAGUUGCUACAAGUUUGACCGGGAUUGGACGAGCUCUUGGACCACUUAUUAUUGGAAGUACUGCUUUUGGACCGACUGUGAAGACAGCUAUGUUGCAAUGUUCUCAAUACAUCCCUCCAAGUACAAAGACUUACAAUAUGGGUAGCACAUCGCCAUAUCAAUUUCCAAAGCAGUUUCUCAAAACCAAACAAACACAGUCCGACAAAACACCACUCGUGCUCGUUGCAUGCGGCAGCUUCUCUCCCCCGACACUGCUUCAUUUGCGCAUGUUCGUUAUGGCAGCUGACUAUGUUCGACUACACACCGACUAUGAGUUGAUGGCAGCUUACAUGUCACCUGUUGGCGAUACGUACAAGAAGGCGGGCCUGGUGGCUGCAAAUCAUAGGUAUAACAUGUGCCAAAUUGCUACCAAAUCAUCUUCGUGGAUGGAUGUGGAUCACUGGGAGUCUAUGCAGCCCGAAUAUGUGCCCACACUAAAAGUCCUGGAGCACUUCGACGACGAGAUAAACGGAGCUCUAGGUGGCGUUAGAGAUGUCAAUGGUGUAAUGAAGCCGGUGAAGAUCUCUCUUUUAGCUGGGACAGACCUUAUGCAAACUAUGUCCCAACCCGGUCUAUGGAGCGGUCUGCCCGACCUAUUCGAAUCAUUCGGCGUAUUUGUCGUUGGUCGUGCCGGAACCGAUUCUGAAGUAGCACUAGCUGGUCUCAAGGAUUACAAAAAUGGUAUUUGGUUUGUGCCGCAGGUACUAAAUGACGAGAACUCGAGCACCAAAAUACGGUUUCUGUUAAUGAAUGACAUGAGCGUGGACUAUUUGACGCCGCGCGGCGUGAUUGAGUAUAUUAGGGGGAAUGGACUGUACGUCAAGGAUCAAGUUGGAAUCGCACAUCAAGAUGGAAGAUAG